AUCAUCUACUAGAGAAAGCAGACGUCUUUCCUUAGCAAAGUAUCUACCGGAGUCACUUUCUUAUUGCAUUCCUUGACUACUCAAACGAGAGUCAGAGUAUGUACGUAUCGAGGAUUUCGCGAACUUCUCUUCUCUGGAGUCUUGCUGCCGUUUGGUCCUCUCCCGUCUUAUCGUUUGCUCGUUCGACACCGCGCUUCUUUCGCGUUUUUUCUUUUCCCUCAGCUUCCGCCAUUGCCAUGACUUCUUCCACGCAACCGUCCGUCGCCAGCACGACAUUGGUGGAAGAUCCGUAUCUUUGGCUAGAAGACGUCGAGAGCAAGGAGUCCUUAGACUUUGCCAAAGCGGCCAACGAUGAUUGUCUUUCCAAACUAGGACAUCCGGAAACGUCGAGCACCGGCUCCUACGGGAAAAUCCUGUCCGUUCUGGAGUCUGACGAUCGCAUUCCUUUCGUCUCUCAGUACGGAAAAGACGAACAAGGCAACCCGAUUUUGUUCAAUUUCUGGAAAGAUUCCAAGAAUCCCAAGGGACUCUGGAGAAAGACCACCUUGUCGAGCUACAAAUCCGGUACGCCCGCUUGGGAAAUCGUACUCAAUCUGGAUGAACUCGCCAAAACGGACGACGUGUCCUGGGUUUGGAAAGGCUCACGCGCAUUGCCUCGUUCUCGUGAUCCCACCGAUGGUCAAAAAGUUACUCGGGCUUUGCUGUCGCUGAGUCGGGGUGGAUCGGAUGCCUCGCACUUGAAAGAAUUUGAUCUCACCACGAACACCUUCGUUGUCGACCAGCCCUUUGUUUUACCCGAAGCCAAGACAAGGGCCUCCUACAAAUCGCGGGAUGUUCUGUGGGUAGGUUCGGAUUUUGGACCUGAUUCGUUGACCGACAGCGGCUACCCACGGACGGUUCGCGAAUGGGUCCGCGGAACCAAUAUCGAUGACGCGCCGACCAUUUUUGAAGGUGAGCAGAAGGAUGUCGCCGUGUCGGCCUAUAUUUCGGACGAGCGAACUUGGAACGGUGGUAUCUACGAAAUAUAUUCGCGCAGUGUGACCUUCUACACGUCCAAAGUUUGGAUGCGGAAAAUUCAACCGGAGCACUUGCUGACACCGGAUGAUCCCGCACGUCAGAACAUUGCCGAUCCCGACGAACUAACACCGUUGGAUAUUCAAGAUGACGCCGAAGUUUCGCUGUUGGGCAACCUGAUGUUGAUUUCACUGCGUUCUGACUGGACGCCUGUCCCAGGCGGUCCCACCUAUCAGCGAGGUUCCGUGAUUUUCGCAUUGACGGAUACGUUCUUGGAAAAGGGGGCGGCCGGCAGUACCUACAGUGUUUUGUUUAAACCCACAGACCGAACGGCGUAUGAGUAUUUUACAGCCACCAAAAAUUAUCUGGUCUUGUCCACAAUGGACAAUGUCAAGUCCAAGUUGCAAUUUUACAAGAUUGAAGGUGAAACGUUGACUCUGGUGAGCGAUCCGGAAGCAGAAGCCCAGAUCCGCGAUUGCAGCGUUAGUCCGGUAGAUCCGUACGAUGGCAGUGACGAGUUUUGGUUUACAACAAGCGACUUUACGACUCCUUCGACGUUGUUUUUGGCGGAUGCUGCUAGAGUCGAAGGAAGCAGUGCGACCGACUCGUUUUUGCAGGAAAAGCUACGUUCGUUGCCACCGCAGUACGAUGCAUCCAAUUUGGAUGUAGCGCAACAAAUUGCCGUGAGCAACGAUGGCACCGAAAUACCCUAUUUCAUCAUCAAGAAUAAGGAUUUGAAAUUAGAUGGCAAAAAUCCUACUCUGCUGUACGGCUACGGUGGGUUUGAAGUGUCUUUAGGACCUCAUUACAUUGCGACUGCCGGUCUGGCUUGGUUGGAAAGAGGUGGUGUAUAUGUCGAAGCAAACAUUCGAGGUGGUGGCGAGUUUGGUCCGUCCUGGCAUCAAGCCGCGCUCAAAGCGAACAGAAACAAGGCAUACGAAGAUUUUAUUGCAGUGGGUGAACACUUGAUCGAGGCUGGUAUCUGCAAACCAAAAACGUUGGCCAUUCGCGGAGGGUCAAACGGUGGCUUACUUAUGGGGAAUAUGUACACUAUGCGCCCUGACUUGUGGGGCGCCAUUCACUGCGCCGUUCCGCUUCUGGAUAUGAAGCGUUAUCACACUCUAUUGGCUGGUGCAAGUUGGAUGGCCGAAUACGGUGAUCCCGAUACGGACGACUGGGAAUUCCUUCAAAAGUUUUCGCCCUACCACAACAUAGACCCCACUGAAGAAUAUCCUCCAAUUUUAGUGACGACGAGUACCAGAGACGACCGUGUCCAUCCAGGUCACGCUCGCAAGUUUGUCAAGAAACUUUGGGAUGACGGCAAAGGAAAGUGGCCUGUUUACUACUACGAAAACAUUGAAGGUGGCCACGGAGGAACGGCAGACGCGAAACAAAGCGCAUUCAUGACCGCACUGGCAUACGAUUUCAUGUUUGAUACGCUUGCCAAGAAUGCAGAGACUGCGUAAAAAAACUAAGAGAGGUUUUUAUGAUCCUGUCGAU